AUGCCUCAAUACAGAAACGGCCAGAGUGUUAUCUACAAGCCUGUCGGCGGUCCCGACUCAAGGACCUCCGAAAGUAUCGGCACCGUCCAGUCUGUUCUCACCGAGCCCGGAACCCAAGCUGGCCGGAACGUUGAUGCGAGUGAGGAAAACCCUAGAUAUGAGAUUGAGAACCAGAAUACCGGAAAGACCACAACUGUUUAUGAAAAGAAUAUCCUUGGCCCUGCUGAGUAA